CGCGAUGUGACGCGUGACGCGAGACGCUCCAUGGAAACCGAGUUCUGUCAAACAGCCUUUUCAGUUCGUCGGAUGAAGAAGAAGUGAAUAACACCACCUUUCACCUGGAAACCUGGAGACCCAACGGUCUCUCCCCCCUCUCAUGACCAUCCCCCGUAAUAGGAGUUUCUUUACCUAGUUACACCUCUCUGUGCCACGAUCCAGCAAGUCGCAAGCGUCUUCCCUCCUGUCGUGACGCCGUGGUAUCCCCAACAUCACUACUCAUCAUGGCGUCCGGCAGCUCGGAAGACUUGAACGGCGACUGCAAGAAGAUGUUCAUGCUGUGCGCGGAGAAGUGCGCUGGCAAGGAACUGCCUAACGCUGAAAAAUCGGAGGGCAAAUCUAAUGUCGUCAACAAGCUGCUGAAGGAGACCUUCGACCCCAAGAUCGCCAACAUCGUCGACGCUACCAUCUUCUGCAAGUACUGCGAUAAGAAAACGAAGAAACUCACGGUUGAUCAGUUUCUGAACAACGUCCUUCCUGACUUGGCCAUCAAUCAGGUUAUAGAGAAGAAGAAGAGCAAAAGCCCCACACCAGAUGACCCUGCUGUGCAAGAGGAGCUGAACCUUCUCAAAACUAAGAUCAGCACCAAGUACCGGGAGUGGAUAUCUGCUGAUAACAAACCUAAAGAUUCAGCGGUGGUUCAGCGGCUGACGGACGUCAAGGGUUAUACAGGUGCCCACAAGGAGAGAUUCGAUGCCGAGACGGGAAAAGGUAAGGGGGCGGAGGGACGGGAGGACCGCGCCGACAACACGGGCUACGUGGGUGGCUAUAAAGGAGCAGGCACCUAUGACAAGACACACUGAGUGAGCGCCAAGUCACGUCACGCACCACCCCUUUCUUGCCAUCCUCCUCAGACCCCAACCACCUCGCUGCGUCUUCUGCUGUCAUCAUCAACCGUCGAGGAACUCUUAAUGCCCAGAUCCUUCCAACACUCCAAUACUCACCUGCUUAGUCGCCGUCACGCGCACAGUUAUAGUUUGAGCCGACCAGCUUGUCGAUCCAGAAGUCCGCUGACAACUUUGAAGAUUUCACACAUACCACCGCCACCACCACCACCAUGGCAGUGUUGGCACUGUUUCUGUUGAUGAUGCCCGUGUUCUUGCCUGAAUGGUUCGAGCUCCUCAUCAAGUGGUUGCCGCUUCCGGUUUUGACUACGGUGUGGACACUGAGUCUGCUGCAGUGUCUCGCCAUGUUCCUCCCUCUGAUGGGCAUACCGGUCGUGCGAACGAUGAUGCUUAUUCUCAGCUACUUAUACGGCUAAAAGAGGGUCUGCAACGUCUGCAGCAACUUGAAAUAAAAAAAGGAGCAUGAUAA